CUCACUCUUUAUUCAUCUCUCUCUCUCUCUCUCUCUCUCUCUCUCUCCCUCCCCCAGGGGUACCAUGGUUCAAACAUUGAACAAUAUGGAGGAGCUUAGAAAUUCUUUGUUUGGUCGUCCCUCACCCAGGCACGGACUCAAGCUCCUUUUCUGGUUCGCCAACGAUUACAUCGUCAUCAAAAAUGACAACCAGAUGGUUGCAAAUUACAACCCCAAAGAGGGCGACUUUGGAUUCCAUCACUUCCAGAACAGACGUGAGUGUGAAAACAAUGUCUGCAAGAGGCUGCUUCCUUUUAGUAAGUACCCAUUCUAUGACGUGGGCAACCUCUACCUCCCAACAUCUAAAUCCUUGCCUAAAUAUGUCAGGAAGUCGAACACUGGUGCCAAAAAUGACAGAAACAUGGACCGCCUCAUCAUCAGUAUGCGUUCAGACAGGAUAGUGGAUAAGGUCUAUGUGACCCAGCACGAGGACCAGAAGAGCUUCGACCCGGUCAACACCUAUUGCAUCAGCAGGGAGUUGGUCAUGAUCAUAUGUGGCCAUUCAUUGAGUAACUUCCUGGAACAGGCGGGCUAUAACACCCAUGAGCAAAAUUUUAUUAUUGAUCAGGGCAUCGCCCCAGGGAGUCUGGGGAAACCAGGAUUGAUAUGGAAGGUGGAUGCAGAGCUCCACCCAGAGCUGAACCCAGAGCUGCACCAGGCUUCUGGGAAAGCUACUGUACCAUACUGUAACCAGGCUUCUGGGAAAGCUACUGUACCAUACUGUAACCAGGCUUCUGGGAAAGCUACUGUACCAUACUGUAACCAGGCUUCUGGGUAAGCUACUGUACCAUACUGUAACCAGGCUUCUGGGAAAGCUACUGUACCAUACUGUAACCAGGCUUCUGGGAAAGCUAAUGUACCAUACUGUAACCAGGCUUCUGGGAAAGCUACUGUACCAUACUGUAACCAGGCUUCUGGGAAAGCUACUGUACCAUACUGUAACCAGGCUUCUGGGAAAGCUACUGUACCAUACUGUAACCAGGCUUCUGGGAAAGCUACUGUACCAUACUGUAACCAGGCUUCUGGGAAAGCUACUGUAUCAUACUGUAACCAGGCUUCUGGGAAUGCUACUGUAUCAUACUGUAACCAGGCUUCUGGGAAAGCUACUGUACCAUACUGUAACCAGGCUUCUGGGAAAGCUACUGUACCAUACUGUAACCAGGCUUCUGGGAAAGCUACUGUAUCAUACUGUAACCAGGCUUCUGGGAAAGCUACUGUACCAUACUGUAACCAGGCUUCUGGGAAAGCUACUGUACCAUACUGUAACCAGGCUUCUGGGAAAGCUACUGUACCAUACUGUAACCAGGCUUCUGGGAAAGCUACUGUACCAUACUGUAACCAGGCUUCUGGGAAAGCUACUGUACCAUACUGUAGAUCAGUGUCCUUUAGUCCUGGUCCUGGGGACCCUGAAGGGGGGGACGUUUUAGUUUAUUGCCCCAGCACAUUGCUGUUCAUUAUGGUAUGUUAAUUUUCACUAAUACAUUUAGUCAUUUAUCAGACACUCUUAUCCAGAGUGACUUCAGUGCAUUAAACUAAAGGCAGAUAAACAACAACAUCCUGUAUCACAGUCAGAGGAAGUCAUCUGUUUCUGUUACCAUUACUGAGAGGGUUGUUGCUGUUGGGUUCUGCUACUGGCUAAUGUACUUCUGUAUGUUAAAAUACAAAAUACAUGCAUUUUAAUUAAAUACGCUUCAAAAUACAA